AUGGGUUCUGAUGCUUCUGAUGAGGAAGUAAUCACUAAGCGGCAGGCUAUAAAAAUCAAACCGCGAACGUUUCUACCAAAACCUCGACGCGUAGUAACAAUUGGUUCACCUUCGACCAGUACUUCCGCUUUAGUAACACAAAGUCAAAGUGGUACCGUCGAACCAUUGAGAACUCACUGGACAACUUCUGAUGGACCUAUUACGAUGUUUGAUGAAGAAAGUGAUAACGUUUAUAUAUCAGAUGCGGAAGAACGUAAGAAAAUCAAGAAAAAUCCAGAUGAGAAUAUAAGAUUCGACAGUAAGGAAGAUUCUUUAACCCCACCACCUGAGAUUAGUCAUUAUUUGCUCCAAUCUACUCUUGCUCCUUUACAUGCGACUUUUUCACAGUUUUCAGGAAUGAUGCGCUCCGAUGUUAAUGAUAUCGAUUCACUCGUAUUACAGGAUGAUAUAGAGCUGGAUCCCGAACUUUUAGCCAUCCAACAGUCCAUCAAACAGAGGAAAAGAAAUUCAAUCCAUUCUGUUGAUACCAAAGUUGAAAUUUUGGUAAAGCCUAAACAUCAUCUUGGUUCGUCGAUAUCCGACGAGGAUGGGAUUAUAUCUGAUUAUGAAAAACCUAUAAAAUUCAUUAUAAAAACAGAGGACACUUUUGAACAAUUAAUCUCCCAUCUAUGUUCAAAAAGAGGAAUUCCCAAACAAGAAUUAGUAUUGACUUACAAGAAUGUUAAAGUUUUUCCUCGCGGAACCCCAUCAAGUUUGGGCAUGUCCGGACUUGUUCAUUUGGAGGCUUUUACAAAAGAAUCGUACAUGCAUUUUAAAGAACUACAAGGAUUAGAGAGGAAGCGAUUGUUCGAUGGACUUAAUAAUGAAUUGAUGGAUAAUGAUCAUAAUACAUCAUUGAACUCUAGUCGAGAGACUAUAGACAUUGAAACAAAUAAUGAAAUAAAAACUAUAAUAAAUGAGGAAGAUAAUUAUAUUUAUCUCAAGGUUCAAUGUCAAGAUGAAACAGUUGAAAAACUUAAGUCUCUCACAGUACAGGCUGUUAUCGAGCGGUAUAAAAAGAUUAAAGACAUUUCGGGGAAUGUUGCUAUUAAAUUGUUAUUUGAAGAUGAGGUCUUGUCUCCUGAUGAAAAAUUAAUAGAUACAGAUUUGGAAGAUGGUGACUUGCUAUCCGUUAAAAUAAUUUAA